AUGAAUUCAGUAUUAAACUUAUCUCAAGAAGAACCAUCAGAACUUUCUUUUCCGCAUUUUUUAGGCGUUGAAGAAGCUAAAGAACGGAAUUUACAAUCAUAUACAUCUCGAGAAAAAAUGAACUCACAUUCUGCUCUUAAAACACAAUUUUUAAAGAAAAAAGAAGGAGAAUCUCUUUUACGCCGAGAUAUUCAAUAUAUGUUUUUGGAUUUGGUUGUAAAUAAUGAUCAGGAGGUUUUUACAUUGCCUCAAGGAGCAACACAUAAGAAGGUUACAUUUGGGGAGCUUUAUGUGACAUAUGUACGAAGAUCACCUAAGACGUCGAAGGUUUUGAGGGAAAAAUUAGAAAAUGACAAGACAUUGGCGGUGGCACUGGUUAUGGUAGCAUUGUUGAUUGGUAUGAUAUUGUAUUUUUUAACUGAUUCAGUCACACAUACUCAGACAAGAACAUAUAAUCCGAUUCCUUCACUUCAAGCGUAUUCAAAUGAUAAGGUCAAAGUACUGCAGGAUGCACCAAGACUUAAAGGGAUUCUUAAAUUUUAUAGUGAAGAUUUGCCAGAACAUUUAGCGUGGCAGUCAUUGCUUGAUGCACAAAAGUCUCAGCUUCGUCCAUCAACAAACCCUAUUAAUCUUAUUUUUAUUUUUGUUUUAUGUUCUACAAGGAUAUCGAGUUUACAUUUUAAUUCUUCAAUUGAUUUUAUUGACUUGUUCACUAAAGCCUCAUUUUCUAGUGAAUCAAGAGCAAAAGCUUUUCUUUGGUUGUGCUGGCAUUACUUAGAGACUGAUGGUAGUGCAGAAGUAGCUACGAAGAAUCCUUUCAGUAGUGGAAAUAAUGAAAAUCCUCUGAAUGCACCUAAUUUAGAUAUUAUAACAGAGGAAGAUGCUGCACUAGAAAAUAUUGAUACACCUAUGGAAUUAGAGUAUGCAGCUAAAAUGGCAGAAGAAAGAAAACGAUACCUUCAAGAAAAUGAAAAUUUAAAGAGCAAUUCUCAAGAUAUUUCAAAUAUUCGAAGAAAAAAUCGUCCAAAAGAGACAAAUAAGAAAGAAGAUGUUUUUUCUUCCCCUGAAAUCUCUAAACCACCCCCAAGCGUUGAAAAUCAAGAUGAAUGUUUCAAUAUUAUGACAAAAGAAGAUUUUCAAAAGAGUAUAUAUAAACUAAGAUAUAAUGAUUAUUCAUGCAUCAUAGGGCAAUUUAAACAACAGAUAAAGACAAAAAAAAGGAAGGAACAUGAUCCUUUUUACAAUUCAGGGGAUGAGGAAGGAAAUUAUACAUUACUUUCUGGUCAACAAGCCAAUUCUAAGUCAAAUAUAGUAGAGCAAAAAAAUCGAAUAAAAAAAGUCUCUAAACAGCAAUUUAAAAAGGGGAAAAAGAACUCAAAUUAUAAACAAAGAAAAGAAGGGGCUAUUCAAAAAGAAUGGAAAAGAUACUCUUCUUUUUCUCCUUUAGAGGAUUCUGACAAAGAAAGUGAAACAGAAUACGAUCAAAGUGAACAUAUAGUUGGUUUUUUAACUUCUCUUAAUCGAGCAUAUCAUAGAACAUCAAAAUCUAUUAACCAGAUGCGUAUUUUUGCUGGAAAGAAACCUUUUAACUGGGAAUUGCCUGAUUCUAAUCCAGAAAAAAAGCAUGAACAAAAAAAGAAAUUAUCUUCUGUUCAGGACUCUCCAGUAGAACAUCCUCAAGUAGGCGGUAAAACAUUAUCGAAUCUUAUACGAAUGGGUUAUUCUUUUUAA